ACAUUUUAGAAUUUUCAUUCUCUUCGUGUGUGCGGACGAAUUUGUCGCGGUGUUUUUUCUUCGCACGGGAAGUCGGCCGAAAAUUGUGAAAUGUUUGUUUCUGUGUUGUGAGCUUGUUAAAAAACAAUGGUCAAUUGCUGUAUCCUUUCGUGUUCGUCAAACGCUGCCCACACGGACAUUUCGUUUUUCCGGUUCCCCGUUGUCCGUGCUGGCGAUUUGGAAACCAAAACCCUAUCCAGCGAACGGAGAGCGGCCUGGAUAGAGGCCGUCAAUAGGAAGAACAUAAAUUUUGACUACGCGCUUGUUUGCAGUCGUCACUUCGUUACGGGACGACCGUCGAAAUUACAGGACCAUAAGAGUGUGGAUUGGGUACCGUCAUGCAAUUUGGAAAAAACUAAGAGCGCGGAGGAACUGAUAGAUGUGGAGGAAAGCAUAGAAAGUUCUGUAUUACUCGUACUGGGAAAGGCGAAUUCUGUUGAUGAAAUCAUUAAAUCUGGCGAAACGACGAGAAUAUGCCGCCUCUGCUUGGGCAAGGAGGUAAAGCUGACCAGAACCUUUGAGGACGAUUGUGGAACGGAUGAUGCGUUAUUACAGAAAAUUUAUGAAUGUACAACCUUAAAGAUCAAGUUAAAACCUGCCUACCCAUCAUCAAUUUGUGCAAUAUGUGACACUAAACUAACCGAGUACAGCAAGUUUCGAGCAAAAUGCAUCGAAAAUGAUCAUCUUCUUCGAACGCUGCUGGAUAUCGACGAAGACGACGACGACGACGCUGUCGUGAACGACAGUAACAAUGGGAGUGAAAACGAACUAUCAGAAGAGAAAAAAGUCGCAGAAAACGGAGGAAAAAAAUUGGACGGUCAAGAAUCGUCUGAGAUUGCCGAAUUGUCCCUUCAACUGUAUGGUUCCUCAGACGAAACUACCGUUAGCCAGAGCGAAUUCACGGGAACAGAUGAUACGUCCGCACCCGAAGGCAGAAGUUCACCUGCUCCCCUGCCGAAAAUUACCAGCGUUACCUCCAAUGCUAUCAUCGAACCGAUCGCAACCACUGCAGCGGAGUCAUCGGAUGAGCAGACAGUGGUCGUUGCAAGGCCCACUAUCUCCGUCAAACCAAUAUCCAGCCUUUCGUCGACUCCCUCCAGUUCUUCUUCAACGGCAACGGUAGAACACAAUAUCAAACAAUUGCUAACGAAAGCUCUUGCUCAUCGAGAAGCGGAUAAAACGCCACAAAUACAGCCUGUGAUUGGUGCAGAUGGACGUCUCGAGUGUACUAUCUGUGCGCGUCCCUUCCGGAACACGUAUACCCUUCGUCGUCACAUGAAUCUACACACCGAGCAGAACCUCUUCACUUGCGAGUAUUGCGGGAAAAAGUUCAACGAUCGCUCCAACUGGAAGAUUCAUCUCCGAGCCCAUACCGGUGAUAAUCUGUUGCGGUGCGCUGUCUGCUUCAAAACAUUCAUUUCUCCUUCGACGUUGAAGUAUCACUUGCGAGCGCACAGAAAAAUAAAGGUUUUCGAGUGUAGGCUUUGUGUGGAGACAACCGAUUCGUACGAUGCGUUAGCAGCACACGUUUCUACUAAGCAUAGCGAUGUUCGGCCUGAAGAUCUCGCCAAAUCCGCUGAAGAUUCUUUUGCAGCUGGAGAUUUUCUGAAGAUUGAAAUGGAAGCAGAUGAGACCACACUGACCGCAGUGUUGCCCUGCAUUACAGAAGCACUGGAAUCGGCCGAAUCGAUAGAAACGCCUCCAAUUCCGGAUCCUCCGGAAGUUACCGCAACUGCGAAGACGACAACGACAGAUUCUGCGGUGUUGGGGAUACCCGGAGAGCUUAAAAUUAAGGAAGAACUUCCCGAUAUGGACGAUGUUGAGAUUAAACAGGAACCGGUGGAGGACGACACUCUGGCGCCGGAUCCAAGCGGGGAAAACCGCGUUCAGAAACAGUUGGAAGCCUUGAUCCCGUCCGCAGAUGAGGAAGCGCCUCCUGUUAUUCUGUUCCGUUGUGACUAUUGCAUGAAAAUCUUCAAAUACUUGUACGAGUUGCGAGUGCAUAUGAAAAUUCAUAACGGCACAAAACUGCCCAUGUUAACCGGCGAGCAGGCGCAUGAUGCUACUCCGGGGACGACGCUGGUGGUACCACCGGAAUCACCACCACCCAAGAGACCCCGUCAUCCAUCGAUAGAUGCCGAUGUGGGUGAAUUGGCUAACGCUCCUCAACCGGAACACAAGUGUAGCAAGUGUGACAAGUGUUUCCGGACGGAGGAUCUGCUUAGGGUACACAUUGAAACGCAUAAAACCGAUGACAAUGUCACGCAAGCGAGAAGCUGUAAGAUGUGCUUCAAAACGUUCAAGUGCGAGCUGAACUUGGCCUCACAUUUGCGCAAACAUCAUCCAUUUGAGGCUUUUCUUGCAGACCAACAGCUACAACAGAUGCAACAACCAGUCGGCUCGGAAGAUGAUAAGCCCGAAUCGCCGUGCAGUAGCAGCAACGAUGGCAAUCAAUCGCAGGGAGAAUCCCCUGAAUCAUCCUCCGGGAACGCCGAAGGUUCGUCGUCUGCCGAUCGUAAGUGCGAAAUUUGUGCGCUUUCCUUCGAUUGUGCGUACUCGCUGGAGAAGCACGUGCUGACUCACUUCAAGAACAAUGAGGCGGUCACGUUUGUGCCAUCGGCCGACCGGCCCUACAAGUGUACCGAGUGCCAUAAGCGAUUCAAGCGGAAGGACUACCUGCUGAUCCACAUACGAACGCAUACUGGCGAACGGCGACACAAAUGUGACAUGUGCUCGAGCGCGUUUGUUCAUCCGUCGAACCUGAUCACACAUCGCAAGCUGCACUCCAACGAACGACCGUUCAAGUGCGAUCUCUGCCCGGCCGCGUUCAAGCUGUUCGCUGGGCUGAAAAUUCAUCGGAAGCGGUGUGCACUCAAGUAUCUGCAGGAGAACAGCGUGACGAUAAAGUAAAACGAAUUCAGUUGGGGGAGAAACGUGUAUUGCAGGAGACGGAUAGAACGGUAAGAUGUGUAUGUUUAACAUAUAUAGUAUACAUAAUACUACUUCCCAAGAUGGUAUCGCGUUUAGUGCUACGUUUUUAGGAUAAGUGUUUUUUUAUUCUACAAACAAUUGUAACAGUGAAUCGUAUGUUAUAUUCUACUCUUGUAUGUAAGACUGUAGGCGUAUGUUUCAAAUAUUUUGAGUAUGUUGUUGAAGUAGUCAACGAUUGACAGGUUCAUGUAGACUAUUUAACCACAUCGUAAGACCUAAUGGUUGCAUGUGACGAAUGAUAGGUUGUUCCUUGAUUGAAUGUAGAGUGUGAAGAUUUAUACACAUCAAAAUUAUAGUUUUGCUAACAGUUCCGUUGCGUUUCACAUCUGUUUCAUUUACGCGAAUCAUUUACUAGGCAGAUUGGGAAAAUAAUAAAGUUGAGGUAUUUUAACAGAGA